AUGGCUACAUUUUAUUCAUUCGACGAAGUUGUUGAGCUUGAUCAGAUUGUUGCCGGGGCAUGGCUAGUAGCCAAACAGCUGUUGGUUUCUUCGAGGGACCUGACUAAAAGUGUGUCGGUUGGCAUCCCUCCUAGUGUUGAGAAUCAGGCUGGGCCUUCGUCUCACUCUGAGCCCAAACAACAGCAGGCUGAGUCAGGAAUGUCAGGGCCUUCUCCAGGUAGUGCUCAUGCCCUGUCGUCAAGUGAAGCAGAAGGUGCUUCACUGUUGGAAGACUCUAGAAAACUGUCCCCCCCAACCGCUCACCACCCCGUGGCUGCUGAAGAAGCACACCCCUUUGUGGUCGGUGGAAACGCUAAUAUCAAUGCCAUGAACAUAUCCGCUACAGCCAACGUCUGCAGGUUACUUCUGGAAACUGAUAUGACACACCCACUGCUAUUCGCAUCGACUGUGCUGACGAACAUUCGUGGAUAUAUUAAUGACUCGGGCACAUUUUUGAGGGUGGAGCUCGAGGAAAGUAAAGCGCUGCCAUGGGAGAAAAUAGUGCAGACCAUGGGAGAUGGCGUGUUUAGUACGAAAGCCCAUGAGUCUGCAGUGAAGCACCUAAAGAAGAAAGCAGCAAGUUUCCUUGAAAUGUUCACACCUUGUGUGGCAGAAGUGGAGGAGGCUUCUGAGCUCCUAAUGCCUUCAGAAUCAGCGAAAAAUAAGCGAAGCCUUCUACGAAGCCUCAAGAAGGCAGUGAAGAGAACAAAAGGGAAGAGACGCGGAGCUACCGGAGAAAUGUGCAGAACUUCGGGAGAACUUCAGCAGCUCGUUCGUUUGCUUCUCGUUUGGUGGGUACUCGGCCCUUCAUCCAGCGAGCAAACGCAAGAAAUGACUGAAUCGUUUCAGAGUACUGCAACCACAUUCAGGAAUGCUCGGUUGGCAUUCACAUCCCUCAUUUUCAACAAUGGCCACAACCAGGCUAAGGUUGCAAUGGAGCUUGUAAAAGCAGGAUGUAAAACUAACAAGUUCGUGGUGCCACCUGGCUGGGCCUUGGGGUCUAAGAAAGGCAGACAUGGAGCCCGCGAGCUCUCCUUCAAGGACAUAUCCAAAGAUAUUAUGGCCAGCUUCAUGUAUACGGAGUCGGCGUUAGGCUCACACGGUGUUGCAGACUGGAUUUUGCCGCUGAAGGCAGCGCAACAGCUAGUCGAUAUCUGCGCCCAGCAUCCAGUGGUGCAGCUUGGCGAGUUGCUUUCUACAGAUGCAGGCAACGUGAUCCUCAUGGGGCACCAAUGUAUAAAGCUUCAAGGUGACACACUACUCCAAAUGACUCUUGCAUUCAAAAUGUUGCAUUCACCUGCCUUACCAUAG